AUGAACAACUCUAAAAAGUCUACUUUGGACUUGAUUCAAAAUGAAAUAAUAGAAAAUAUCAGAAGAGAAAAGGAGCUGAAAAAUGGGUUCUCCAGCAUGUCUAAUCCUGACUGCAUAAAAAAUAAUAAUAAUUCAGUAGAAAUUAAAACAAAUGGUGUGUCUAACACAAAUGGUUCCAUUAGGAGAUUCACACCUAAUCCAAAUACUAAAGGAGUUAUGCACAAAUUUUUCAAGAAUAGAGGUAAAGUGUCUUCAUCUUUGUUGAAAUCUACAGACUCCCAGAACAACUGGUACAGUGAUGCCUCAUUUGAACCUGCAAAACUGACUGUGGAAAAAGGAAAACCAUUGAGAAAUGGUUACAUUCCAGCUGAAGAGAAAAUUGUCAAGGAGUUAUUAGAUUUCCAAGUCAGGGAAACAGAAUUGAGAAAUGAGAGAAGAAAAUCUCAACCUGACCUUAUUGCUGCUCUAGAACUUGAAGGCUAUCAAUCUGAAACAAAUGUUCUGAAACCAUCCAAGUCAAUGGCUAGUUUGUACCAGCCUGAAGAAGGAUUGAGGGAUAUUUCAUCAGCUCCUAGUAGCCUGAAAACAGCCAGAUCACUUGCUGAGUUAUGUGAUAUAUCUGAUGAAGAAGUAGAUAUGCCAGGUAAACACAAUUCCAUAUUAUGCAAUACUACUCAUUUUAAUUAA